AUGUACGAGGUGUUGAGAGUGAACCUCUCAAAAGAAUCGAUGUGCUUUCCGGAUUUCCCGUUCCCCAAGGAUAUUCCGUCAUUUUGCGAGCAUCAGCAUGUACUGCAAUACCUCCAAGCGUAUGCCAAAGACAUCCCCGUCAAGCUGGACACCGCGGUGAUAAGCGUUCGAAGGGUGGAAGAUGUUUGGGAGGUAACCAGCAAAACAAAAGAAGAUCGGCCGGAAGUGACAGUCCUAGAUGCGCUCUUCGUCUGCAACGGCCACUUUUUCCUGCCCUAUCAACCCUUCGAUACAACGGCUUUUGAUGGUUCGCUAAUCCACAGCCACGACUACCGCACCACGACGCCCUACCGCGGUUCUCGGGUGGCCAUCAUCGGUGCCGGCUUCUCGGGCAUCGAUAUUGGUCUACAGGUUGCUGACGUGGCCAAGGAGGUGCUAUUAUUCGGCAAACAGGAGCAGCAACAACACGGGUUCCCGGCAAAUUUGAGGCAGAUCGACGAAAAAGUCGUUAAAAUCACUACCAAGGGCGUGCUGACAAUCCACGAGGAGCGCGAGGUCGAUCACAUCAUCAUCAGCACCGGAUACCAUUGCAGUUACCCGUUCUUGCCGGAGGGGUUGGUGGAGGUCGUCGGUUCCGGGCGAGUCGUUCAACCGCUCUACCAGCAUUUCGUCCAUCGCCACUACCCGACUUCGCUCUUUUUCCCGGGGCUCAACUUCAUCGCCGCGCUUUUCACAGCAUUCAAUUCACAGGCUUUGUACGGCUUAUCCUUGGUCGAGGGAAAAGCGGACGUCCCUAGCGAACCGGAAAUGGAUGCAUGGGAGGGAAGGCAACUAUCCCGAUUAGGCCAACGACCAUUCCGGCACUAUCACAUGUUGGCCGACGACCAGUGGGAUUAUUACGAUGAGCUGCAACGGAAAGCAAAAAUCGCGAACCCUUUCUACACACCCAUCAUCCGAAAGGUGUACGAGCAAAUCCAGGUGGAAAAGCGGAGGAACGUUGCCCGGUUCAAGGACCUGAAUUUUGACGAGAAUGGCGAUAUCAUUGUCUCGGUAGACAAC